ACAUCAGACUAUAGGUACUUCGUAUCCGUCGUACAAAUACGCGACGUCUGCUUCGUCGCUGCUGUUGGGGGCGCAAGAAUCAAAGAACACAAUGUGGCUUAGCCGGUGGGCGGACCGCGAAACCCUUCCCAGUGCAUGCUCUGGUUCAUGGGGGCCUCUCUACAGGGCUGUUCAGGCUCUGCAGCACUCUACGCGCAAAAGGAAACAGCCUGAUGUCUCUAGCACGCUGCAUCGGAUUUCGCUACGUUCAUCUCUUUCAGUCGGGGAAGCGCGUCAUGUCGCAUUUUUUCUGCGGAGCGUCUGAACACUCUCUCCCGGUGACCGAAGAAAAGCCUAAUCCAGACUUCUCGGCAGAUAUCCAGACGGGGCUGGCGGCUGCCGUCGAUAUCCACCCUUUCGCGCGU